GGCAAGUGGCUAACAACACGGAUAUGGAAACAUAAUAUAAAUACAUGUCGGGAUCCGUUUGUAAUGUUAUAGUGAACUUAAUACUCCGGCUAGACGCGUCUUAUCUGUAGUUGAUUUCUUGAGAUGUGGGCACUUCACUCCAUCCUGUUUCUCGGCGUUUUCCCAACCAUUUUUAGCUUAACGACACACAUCUCUAGCCGAGAGCGUCAAAUACUAGCAGCCUUCCCCGGCUAUUUCAGGGAAGAUGUACAAGAAGAAAACAGCAAAUUAGAGGCUGCCACUAUACAACCUAUUAUACACGUUGACUACCACGGCUGUUGUGAAUCAACGACAGAAUACGAGCAGUACACCACAGCGAAAGAUCUGUUCGGCAAGGACGUAACGUUGGUGCAGUUGAACUCACGCAAGCAAGUCUUCCUUAAAGAGACAUGCAAACAAGCAGAAAACUGCAACUCUUGCGGCUGCCAAUGUCGUCUGGCGAUGCAGGUCUUCAGCGCUGUCGUCUGCACCAAGGCCAACUGCACCAACCCUGGGCUGGACGGCAUGAAGGUGACCCACAUCCAGGUGCCCAGUUUCUGCAGGUGCUACAACAACGCCCCGGCCGCCACAUCGACUACAAGAGGGAGGGGGCCCAGGACAGUGUUUGAGAACAGCCGGCUGUUUGUGUCUGGGGAACUGUCUAAAGAUGAGUUGUAGAACAGCCGGCUGUUUGUGUCUGGGGAAUUGUCUAAAGAUGAGUUGUAGAACAGCCGGCUGUUUGUGUCUGGGGAAUUGUCUAAAGAUGAGUUGUAGAACAGCCGGUUGUUUGUGUCUGGGGAAUUGUCUAAAGAUGAGUUGUAGAACAGCCGGCUGUUUGUGUCUGGGGAAUUGUCUAAAGAUGAGUUGUAGAACAGCCGGCUGUUUGUGUCUGGGGAAUUGUCUAAAGAUGAGUUGUAGAACAGCCGGCUGUUUGUGUCUGGGGAAUUGUCUAAAGAUGAGUUGUAGAACAGCUGGCUGUUUGUGUUUGGGGAAUUGUCUAAAGAUGAGUUGUAGAACAGCCGGCUGUUUGUGUCUGGGGAAUUGUCUAAAGAUGAGUUGUAGAACAGCCGGUUGUUUGUGUCUGGGGAAUUGUCUAAAGAUGAGUUGUAGAACAGCUGGCUGUUUGUUUCUGGGGAAUUGUCUAAAGAUGAGUUGUAGAACAGCCGGUUGUUUGUGUCUGGGGAAUUGUCUAAAGAUGAGUUGUAGAACAGCUGGCUGUUUGUUUCUGGGGAAUUGUCUAAAGAUGAGUUGUAGAACAGCCGGUUGUUUGUGUCUGGGGAAUUGUCUAAAGAUGAGUUGUAGAACAGCCGGUUGUUUGUGUCUGGGGAAUUGUCUAAAGAUGAGUUGUAGAACAGCUGGCUGUUUGUGUUUGGGGAAUUGUCUAAAGAUGAGUUGUAGAACAGCCGGCUGUUUGUGUCUGGGGAACUGUCUAAAGAUGAGUUGUAGAACAGCUGGCUGUUUGUGUUUGGGGAAUUGUCUAAAGAUGAGUUGUAGAACAGCCGGCUGUUUGUGUCUAGGGAAUAGUUUUAAGAUAAGUGUUAAAGUAAGUUGGUUGGAUAGGCAUGACUGUUAGAAAGCGCAAAUAAUUCAGCGAUUUAUUGUUGAUUUUAUGUAUAUGAUAUUUGAGAAAGUGAGAUAAAAUGUUGGUUUAUGAAUGUGAUAUUUCAUUGAGUGAUAUAAAUAUGAAGUGUGGGUUGUAUUUUAUGAACGCGUUAUGUAUGUAAAACAUUUAUGUAUAAAAGAAUAUGGUUCAGUUUGAGCGUAAUGACGUAAAGACACUACGAUUUAGUAUUAUAUUUUAACUGAAAAAUGAAAAUAUUUUAUUUUUAAAAUAUUUAUUUAAUUUCGAUGGCCUCAAAUGUUACGCAAU